AUGAAGAUGCUGCUGCUGCUGUGUUUGGGACUGACUCUAGUUUGUGUCUAUGCAGAAGUUAGUUCUAUGGGAAGGAACUUUAAUGUAGAAAAGAUUAAUGGGGAAUGGUAUACUAUUAUCCUGGCCUCUGACAAAAGAGAAAAGAUAGAAGAUAAUGGCAGCAUGAGACUUUUUCUGGAGCACAUCCAUGUCUUGGAGAAUUCCUUAGCUUUUAAAUUCCAUACUGUAAUAGAUGAAGAGUGCUCUGAAAUAUCUUUGGUUGCUGACAAAACAGAAAAGGCUGGUGAAUAUUCUGUGACUUAUGAUGGAUUCAAUACAUUUACUAUACUUACAACAAACUGUGAUAAUUAUAUUAUGACUCAUCUCAUUAACAAAAAGGAUGGGGAAACUUUCUUGCUGAUGGGGCUCUAUGGCCGAGAACCAGAUUUGAGUUCAGACAUCAAGGAAGAGAUUGCAAAACUAUGUGAGAAGCAUGGAAUCAUUAGAGAAAAUAUCAUUGACCUAUCCAAUACCCAUAAAAAUAAAGUGGAUCUGGUACCUGAACAUGUGCUUGUUCUCACACUACAGAUCGCUGCCUCUGGGCCUGAAAAUGAAGAAUGGACUGAGCCUAGAAUGUUGAGUGGAGACUUCUCACCAGGAUUCCACCAUCAUCCCUUCCUAUCCUUACAGCAUUCCCUAUAUAAGUUCUGUGAUCUGCAUUCCAUCCUGUCUCACAGAGAAGUCCAAUCCCAGUCUCUCCAGCAUGUUACCUAG